CGGCAGCGGAGUAUGCCCGGCUUGUUUGUCGACAUCUAUGCCUAUGGCACGGCGCACUUCCGCGAGGCCGGCUCCAUUGAGCCGCACGAGUGCGUCUACACACCCUGGCCAGCCUCCUCUCGAGGAAGGGGAGAGCCCACCCACCCACACAGCCCCCUCACCAGAAGGCCCUCGGCAUCGCCAGCAAGAUGCUCGAGACACUCGAGAUAAUGCGGCUGGCCGUGCGCGCCCACCGGGUGGCGAUUCGUGAGGCAAGCCUGUUGUGUGGGGACCACUGCCUAUUCAAUGUCUUCAUCAAGCGGUCCGCCAUCAACGGUGGUGAGCAACCGGGAGGGAGGGGUCCACUAGGACAAUGGGAAUGUGACUCAGUGCACCUACUUGCUGUGUCCUCACGCAUUCAUUCAGACUCGUCGCUGCCCGAGCUGAGCGCGGCAUCGGCCGGUCCCGACUCAACCACCAACCAGGAGCCGCCCCUCGUCCGCUUCAUCGACCUUGCCAACGCCGUCGACCUGCCCGCCCCCACACCAGACGCCCCCGAUCACCAUCCGGGCGCAUUCGUGCCGACCAAGGCAUCGCAGCAGCAGGCCGAGCAGCAGGAGCCCGCCACGUACACGGCCUACCACGGGGCACCGGAGCAGUCAUAUCUGCUCUUUUGCCGCUCUUCGGGAGAGGCGGAGGCGCUGAUUGACUCCUCACGGGACGCACGCAACGCUGGCCACGAGGCGAAGGCCGAGGAGAUGAUAGAUGAGGCAUGCCGGGCAAAAUGA